AUGGAUAAGAGUCGAUCAAUAUUGAACAAAGGUAAAUGAGCUGUGGAGAGUAACAGUAAAGAAGAACAAUGCAAUGAUCCCAGGAUUCCUGUAUAAGACGGGGAUCCUCCUUAAAAUCUUUCAUAUUUUCCAAAAAAAUAAAUAAAUUAAAUGAUGUAAUAAGAAGACUACUUGUCUUCAAAUGCUGGCCGUUGUAAAAAAAAGACUGGCUAGGCAUCAUCUCUUAUCUGUUCUCAAUAGAGGUCGGUCGUACAAACACAAUACUAAAGCUCUCACACUCCCAUGGCUUUCUCUCCAACCCUGUCACACAACUCAUUCUCAUCCUUCUCUCCCGUCCCACAGACUUUGAGAAGAAUCCCUCUUCACCGUUUGCCCAUUAGAGCUGUGAAAGCUGCUGCAGAACCAGAAAAGGACAAAACUCCCCAAGAGUCUAGUUCCAAUGCUCAGCCUUCAAGUCCAAGCAAAGGCACAGCCACCCUUAAGCCUCCAAAGAAGCCUGUCUAUUCCAUGAAGAAGGGUCAGAUUGUGAGGGUGGACAAAGAGAAGUACCUUAACAGUGUUAAUUAUCUAUCUGUUGGACAUCCACCUUAUUACAAAGGGUUGGACUAUAUAUAUGAAGACCGUGGUGAGGUAUUGGAUUUGCGCAUAUUUGAGACUGGAGAGUAUGCACUGAUAGCAUGGGUUGGGGUACCUACAGCACCAGCAUGGCUUCCAACAGAAAUGCUCAUCAAGUCAGAAAAACUCGAUUAUGAGAGACUAUGAUGCAGGCAGGCGGGAAGAGAAGGCUCCAAAUGCAAGAGGAGAGGAUAGCAAUGACUCAAUAAUGCUAAGAAAUACAGGAACUCAGAAUCUGAAAUGUUUAUUGUACUUCUAUAAAAACUUAAUGUAGUGGAAUUAACAGACCAAGAACACUAUGAUUUGCUCAACCAAAAAAGUGUUUCUUUCUAUUC